AUGGCGCCCGUCGGAGUACUGGCUCGCCUUAAGAGCCUAUAUUCCAAGCAUCAGGAUGAGCCAUCGCUGUCGGUGCAGACCGUCGCCGUCUUUUCUGUCGCCCUUACUUUGCUCUAUGUUGUGCCAUUCUAUCUGUCGCCUACCACGCGGCCGUCGCCGAGUCUCAGUCGAGAUGCCCCGUCAGUGAUUCGCGCGCGCAUUCGGGCUGUCACGGGUUCCUGCAUCGUCAGUUCGCUCAUUGUGCUCUGGCUGAUCGUCGAGGAGGGCAACUCCUCGCUCGGCGCAGGUCUCAGUCUGAUGGGCUGGUGGCCGAUCGAUUUGGCGGAUAUCUUCCGCAGCCUGUUUCUGACGGCUAUUUUGUUCUUGGGCCCUCUCUUUGAGCGCGGGAUCGCCGAGGGCGAAUGGCGAACUUGGUUUCGCCGCAGUAAACUUUCCGAGAGCCUCAGUGGAUGGAUCGGCUGGAGAAAUUAUGUCGCAGGGCCCAUCACUGAGGAGGUCAUGUUUCGGUCUGCCAUUGUGCCCCUGCAUCUUCUGGCCCAUGUGUCGCCGACUCGGGUGGUUUUCAUCGCGCCAUUGUAUUUUGGCAUCGCCCAUGUGCACCAUUUCUACGAGUUCACCCUGACGCACCCGGACACUCCAGCCCUUGCUGCGCUACUGCGCUCGAUCCUUCAGUUUGGAUAUACCACCAUCUUCGGUUGGUAUGCGACUUUCAUCUACCUGCGCACAGGAUCCUUGAUUGCCGCCAUUCUUGUCCACAGUUUCUGCAACUGGUGUGGCCUGCCUCGCUUCUGGGGCCGUGUUGAAGCCGGAGAGCCCCUUGGCCCACCCAUCAAUACGCGUGGCAAGGAUGACUCCGACGAAGCUUCUACUUCCGUAGGCAACGGCCAACUGGGUGUCGGCUGGACUGUCGCAUACUAUUUGCUCCUCGUUGCCGGUGCCAUAUCAUUCACCCAGUGCCUGUGGCCUUUGACCGAGUCGUACUAUGGUCUUGUGUCGUUCGCUGUAUCCAAGACUGGAACCAGCUAA